AUGAGUCAGUGCCAGGAAGGGAAACGCCCUGUUAUUAUUGCGGGGGUCAAUUCCACUGAGCUAAGGAAAGUGAAACUAACCCAGUUCCACUGCCCAGAGGGAGCCAUGGCUGCAGAGAGCCCCUUGGAAAGUCUCCAGAAUGAAGCUGCUUGUCCCAUCUGUCAGGAGCUUUUUAAAAAUCCAGUGGUUAUAGACUGUGGGCACAGUUUCUGCCAAGUCUGCAUCACCCAGUGCUGGGAAGGAUCGGAUGCGAAUUUCACCUGCCCCAAGUGCAGAGAAACAGCUCAGCAGAGAAACCUCAGACUGAACAGGCAGCUGGCAAAUGUCCUAGAAAUAGCCAAAGGUCUGAGUUUCCAGGCAGCAAAGAGAGCAGAAGGGAAGGGGGUGUGUGGGGAUCACCAGGAGUCUCUCAACCUGUUCUGUGAGGAGGAUCAAACUCCCAUCUGCAUGGUGUGUGACAGAUCCUGGGCGCACCGAGCUCACACAGUGGUUCCCAUCGAGGAUGCUGCCCAGGAGUACAAGAGAAAGAUUCAGGCCCAUUUGGAGACUCUGCAGGAAGAGAGAGAAAAGCUGCUGGGAUUUAAAGUGACUGGAGCAGGGAAAACCCGGGAAUAUCUGAUCCAGACACAGGCCGAGAGGCAGAAGAUUGUGUCUGAAUUUCAGCAACUGCGGCAGUUCCUGGAGGAACAAGAGCGACUCCUGCUGGCCCGACUGGAGAAGCUGGACAGGACGGUUGUAAAGAUACAGAAUGACAAUGUCAGUAAACUUUCUGAGAUUUCCCAUCUCAGUGAGCUGAUCAGUGAGCUGGAGGGGAAGGGUCAAAAGCCAGCGAGUGAAUUCCUGCAGGAUUUCAGAAGCACCUUAAGCAGGUGUGAGAAGGGGAAGUUCCAGCAGUCAGUGGAGAUUUCUCCAGAGCUAGAGAAGAGACUCAGUGAUUUCUCCCAAGAAAAUAUUGCUUUAAUGGAGUCUGUGAGGAAAUUCAAAGACACUCUGCUAUCUGAACUGGAGACAGGAGCACACAGACAGGUGACUGUGACUCUGGAUCCAGACACGGCUCAUCCCCAGCUCAUCCUAUCUGAGGAUCGGAAAAGUGUGAGAUGGGGAUACACCCGGCAGGAUCUGCCUGACAAUCCUGAGCGAUUUGACACUGAGCUCUGUGUGCUGGGCUGUGAGGGAUUCACCUGGGGGAGACAUUGCUGGGAGGUGGAGCUGGGGGAUGGGAGGCGCUGGGCUGCGGGGGUGGCCAGAGAGUCUGUGAGGAGGAAAGGCUGGAUCAGUCAUAACCCUGAGGGGGGGAUCUGGGCUGUGCAGUGGUGGGGGCAUCAGUUCCAGGCUCUCACCUUCCCUGAGACCCCCCUUCCCCUGAGCCGGGUCCCCAGAAGGAUCCGGGUUUCUCUGGACUGUGAAUGGGGGCAGGUGACAUUUUUUGACGCUGAUAACGAGGCCCCGAUCUUCACUUUCCCGCCAGCCUCUUUCACCGGGCAGCGAAUUCGUUCCUGGUUCUGGGUCUGGACAGGAUCCCAGCUCAGACAGUAUUGCUGAGACAUGGGGGGGAUAUCACCGGGGCGGCUCUACCAAUUUUGCCGCCCCAAGCAGUUGCCAUGGAAUUGCUGCCGCCCCUGAAAGCCACCGCGGCGGGAAGAGCGGCAGAGCUGCCGCCAAAUUGCCGCCGCGGGACAUGGAC